AUGUCGAGAUCAGGAGUUCAAGUUGCUGAUGAAUCACUUACAGCAUUUAAUGAAUUAAAAUUAGGUAAAAAAUACAAAUUUGUUAUUUAUACCCUUAAUGAUGCUAAAACACAAAUUGUAGUUGAUGAAACAUCAACUGAUGGAGAUUAUGAUUCAUUUUUGGAAAAAUUACCAGAAAAUGAAUGUAAAUAUGCAGUAUAUGAUUUUGAAUAUGAAAUUGGAGGAGGAGAAGGUAAAAGAAGUAAAAUUGUAUUUUUCACUUGGUCACCAGACACUGCUCCAGUAAGAGCUAAAAUGGUUUAUGCAUCAUCAAAAGAUUCAUUAAGAAGAGCAUUAAAUGGUGUUGCUGCUGAUAUUCAAGGUACUGAUUUCUCAGAAGUUGCCUAUGAAUCGGUUUUAGAAAGAGUUAGUAGAGGUGCUGGAUCUCAUUAA